AUGGAUUCCUGCAUGACGAGAUCGGAAAACGUCGAUUUGGCUUUGAGCAUACCCCAAUCGAAUUUCCAAUCGAACGGCUACGACAUGGGCGAUCAGACGUUUCACACUCCGAGCUUCGGAGACGAGGAAUUCGACAUACCGGCCAUCAAUCCGCAACAACAACAAGCCCAACAACAUUCACAACAUUCUGAUCAACAACAUUAUCAACAACCAAUGCAGGGUAUGCAACAGAUGAAUCAACAGAUUAGCCAACAACAGAACGAAUUGGGGAUGCACGAUCCGACGGGCGGCUUCCAGCAACCGCUGUAUCUGUCGGGGCCCGAUCACGGAAUGGUGAAUUCCUCAUAUCACAGUCCCCAACAGAACUACCCGUCGCCGCAGCAACAACAACAACAGCAGCAGCAGCAGCAGCAGCACAACAACCAGCUGUUGAUGAUCCAACAGCAGCAGCAACAGCAGCAGCACCAACAGCACCAACACCAGCAGCACCAGCAGAUGAUGAUGAGCCACGGCCAGCCGCCGCCUUCGGCCAUGGGGCAGUACGGCGCGUCGCCGCAGCAUCCGCAGGGCAGGGGCAACAGCCCGCCCGCCCCCGGCCAGGAGCCCACCACCAGCGACGACAGCGACGACAGCACUCCGCAUCCUGCGAUCGUGACGGGAAUGAAAAGGCCAUCGCCCGAACCCGCCGAUCAGACGUUAACGAAGGCGCAAAAGAAACCGAAAGUACAAAAAAAGAAGAAGAAGAGGGACCCUAACGAACCGCAAAAACCAGUAUCGGCGUACGCGUUAUUCUUCAGGGAUACCCAGGCAGCCAUUAAAGGGCAAAAUCCCAACGCCAGCUUCGGGGAAGUAUCGAAAAUCGUCGCGUCCAUGUGGGACGCUCUGGAUUCCGAACACAAAAACGUAUACAAAAAGAAAACGGAGGCGGCCAAAAAGGAAUAUUUGAAAGCGUUGGCGGCGUACAGGGCGAGCCUGGUGUCGAAGGGCGCCGGCGACAACGACGGCAUGUACGCCAACUAUCCGAAUUACCAAGGGCCGGCGCCCAAUCAGUACACCUCCUAUCAACCGCCGGGCGCCAUACCGUCGCCGCCGUCGGCCACGCCGCCCGCCCAAUCGCCCAUCGGCAAGAAGCCGCCGAUGAUGGGCGGCAUGGCGUCGCCGCAACCACACCAGGCCAUGAUGCAGUCCGCCAUGGGACCAGUGCCAAAUCACAUCACCAUGCAACACAUGCAACAACAACAAUCGCACAAUAGUUAUAUGCAACAGGUUCCUCAACAACAACAACACUUGCCGAUGUCGCCGCAACAACAGCAACAACAACAACAGUCGCACAUGCAACAACAAUCGCAGCACAUGCAACAACAGCAGCAGCAGCAGCAGCACAUGAGCCCGCCGCCGAUGGUGUCGAGUUCGCCGCCGGUGAGCGCCGCGACGGCGCCAUCGAUUCCCGUAUCGGUGCAAUCGAAUCCGAACGUCGGUCCGGGACCGAUGAGACCCAACGCUUGUAUACGUCACGGAUGUCCCAAUCCGGCCAUCACGAAUCCCGAAUGGGAGGACGAGUAUUGCAGUAACGAGUGCGUCGUCAGCCAUUGCCGCGACGUAUUCACAGACUGGGUAUCUGCGAAUAAGAACCAAUCGCAAAAUUUCUCGACGGUUAAAUAA